AUGGAGCGGAUGUGGCUUGCCACUCUGCUACUCUCUUUAGCGGCGUUUCAAACCUAUUUAUUCUCAGCAGUUAUUCGUUGCAGCAUGUAUAUAUCGAAAAUCGAAGAGAUUCGUCGAAAAAGGGAGAAUGCAUUCGAACGAUGUAGUGAAAGAGUUCGACUUGCUAAAGCAAAUGGAUUGUGGAGGACGACCAGUUGGGGUGGUGGUUUCCAGCAGUACAGAGGCCAAUAUGAUGAAGAAAAGCCAAGGAAGGUGCCAAAACAAAAGGGCCACGUGCAAUGGUCGGCUUCUUUACGAAAAUCGCUGGCAGCAGAUGAUGACGCUACAACCAUGAAACUACUGGAUUAUGGAAAGGAACCAAGAAGUGAUAUGCGUGAGCCGCUUCUGAAGCUGGAAUCCGUGGAGGAAUCUGGG